AGUUACUUGGAUACUGCCCAUAUUUUCUUAAGUCUUACGCUACAGUAAACUGAAAUGCUUUCUACUUCAAACAGGUAUAAGUGUUGAACUAGAGAAGCCCUAGUGGAAGCUUCUUUUCACUUCUCUCAUGUUUGCUAGCUGCCAUGGAUACAAUCAUUCGCCUUCUUCUUCUUCUAGCAUCCUCUUUCAUGCAUCUAUUUUCGGCAAUAGCUCAACCCCCAAAUCCAAUCUCUCGGAUCACAGUAGUGGGCGUUGUUUUCUGUGAUUCCUGUUCAAGCAACACUUUCUCUAGGCACAGCUACUUCUUGCCAGGUGUUGAAGUCAACAUUGAAUGCAAGUUUAAAGCACAAUCACCAAAAACUACAGAGCAAAUGAGCGUCUCAGUCAACAGAACUACAGAUAAAUAUGGGGUGUACAAGCUGGAAAUACCGCAUGUUGACGGGGUUGACUGUGUGGAAGGUUUGGCCAUUGAGUCAUUAUGCCAGGCAAGUUUAGUAGGGAGCAAAUCCAAAGCAUGCGAUGUACCAGGUUUGAAGACAUCCACAAAUCAGAUAACUGUCAAAUCAAAACAAGAUAAUCUGUGCAUCUACAGCUUGAAUGCACUGAGUUACAGGCCUUCCAAGAGAAAUGCCACCCUGUGUAGAAAUCACAAACAGUGGUAAAAAUAUUGGAAGUUAUUUGUUAAGAGUUAGAUUGUAUUUUAUUUUUAUUUUUUAAAAAUAAGUAAAUUAUAUUUUUAUAUAUUAAAUUGAAGAACAAAUUAAUCUUUUUAUUAAUAA